UUCAAGGUCGGCCGAGAAAAUGGGACGAUAGUGAAAAUAGUGUUGAUAAAAUGAACCCGAUUACUAUAUGAAUGAAUUUUUGAUAUGGGUAGGAAAAAACGUGUAGUUGGUAAAAUAAUAUGGGGACCUCGGAAAGGCCACAUCAAGGAAAACGGAAUGGACCCAGUGGCUGGGCAGGCCAGUGUGUACCAUGCUCUAGUUGUAAUCUUUUUAGAGUUCUUUGCCUGGGGAUUGCUAACUUCUCCUAUUAUUGAAGUAUUAAAUAACACUUUUGCUAACCACACUUUCCUUAUGAAUGGGUUGAUACAAGGAGUUAAGGGUUUGCUGUCCUUCCUCAGUGCUCCAUUGGUGGGGGCGUUAUCUGACACACUCGGGAGGAAGCCAUUUCUUCUUAUUACUGUCUCCUUUACAUGUGCACCAAUACCUCUGAUGAAAAUCAGUCCCAUGUGGUAUUUUGCCAUGCUUUCUAUAUCUGGUAUAUUUGCGGUGACAUUUAGUGUUGUAUUUGCGUAUGUUGCUGACAUAACCACGGAAGAGGAUCGGGGCCAGGCCUACGGUUUGGUGUCAGCUACAUUUGCAGCCAGUUUAGUGACUAGUCCAGCUUUAGGUGCUUAUCUAGGAAAAGUGUAUAGUGACAAUUUUGUGAUAUGGCUGGCCACAGCUGUAGCGGUUUUAGAUAUUCUAUUUAUAUUAGUGGCAGUCCCGGAAUCGCUGCCUGAUAAACUACGCCCAGCGAACUGGGGAUCUCAGAUUUCCUGGGAGAAUGCAGACCCAUUAGGUGCAUUAAAGAAAAUAGGUCAUGACAAGUUAAUAUUAUUGCUCUGUGUAGCUGUGUUUCUGUCCUAUCUUCCCGAAGCAGGGGAAUAUUCAUGUUUCUUUGUUUACCUGAGAUUAGUUAUGAUGUUCUCAGCUCAAGAAGUUGCUUCAUAUAUAGCUAUGGUUGGAGUCUUGUCUGUUGUUGCUCAAACACUUAUUUUAGCAUUGUUGAUGAAAUAUGUAGGACAUAAAGGAGCCAUUAUGUUUGGUCUUGUAUUUGAAAUUGUACAGCUUGCCUGUUUUGGAUUUGGAUCUCAAACAUGGGUGAUAUGGAUGGCUGGUUGUAUUGCUGCCAUGUCAAGUGUAACGUAUCCCGCCAUAAGCGCAUUCACAUCAUCUCAUGCCAGUGCUGACCAGCAAGGAGUUGCGCAGGGCAUCAUCACUGGAAUUCGGGGCUUGUGUAAUGGACUGGGACCAGCUCUGUUUGGUUUCAUUUUUUAUCUCUUCCAUGUGGAUUUAAAUGAAACCACAGAUCCUGAUAUACAGGUGAUAUCUCCAGAAAACAACACAUACCACAAAAUCCAGUCAGCAAUUCAGAGUGUGGUACCCGGUCCUCCGUUUGCAUUUGGUGCUAUUCUAGUCAUUUUGGCUCUGUUAGUAGCUGUUUUUAUGCCAGAAAAUCCUCACGGCACAAUUCAAGUCGGCAAAUCAAAAGUCAGGCGACAAAACUCACUGACAUUAGAAGCUUUCCGCCUAGAUAAAGGCUCUAGAGAAGACCAGUCUCCAUUAAUUAGUCUAAGUGAUACAGAUCAAAAUCCCUGAAAUCAAACAGACUGUGAGACAAAGGACCAAGAUUUUAGCUAAAAAGACUAACUGUGAUUACUAGUUGUAAAUAGCUCUCCACAUAGUAACAAGUAAUGGACUGAAUGAACUCAGCAUAAAGAAGCAUGAACUUCAUGGAGACAUGGUGCAGUUUGUUAUUACCACUAGGUGUCAAGGUGCUUUCUAUAAUCCUGUGAGGGUUGUCCCAGAAAAAAUGUCAACUUUUUGAAAAUCGUAUAAAGUACUUGACCAAAAUCAUUUAAUUUUUGCUCAUUGUUGGGAAAUACACUGUAAUAUUUUAUUCAUUUUGAAAAUAUGUUAUAGGGUUGAAAUGUCAAAACCAUGUACAUGUAGUUUUGGCAUUUUUAGCAUGAUAGAUACAUGUA